UCACUGAUAAACUGGAGUUGAACUGGAGAUGUUGUUUACUAGCAAUAGGCUACACCACAAGCAACUGAACAACACGGGUAUUUUGCUAAUGCCAAACACUGGAUGGGUAAUUGGUGUCUAAUGGGGCGGUGGCUAAUCACUUUCAUUAAUCCAGUUAAUUAAAAAUCUGAGAAUGUAAAGCAUUCUCCUUGAAAUGAGCAAUGUGCUCAGAACGAGUUGUAAUGCAAUCGUAUCCUUUUCCAAAUCGGUUGGCUGUUAUAUUGCGAUAUCUGCCCUCCUCUGUUCCUGUGUGUAUCAUACAAGUGGCUCUCUGUGGCCCGCCUCCACCCUUCGCAAGAUCUUACGGAAACACCGUCUUCGUGAUUCUUCGAUGCGUGACACGGUGACGCUCCCGGCAGUCCAUUGUGCGCUGGUUGUACGCCCCCGUGCUGGCUCGGUAUAGCUAUACUGAGAUGGGCACAAGGAUUGACCAGUGAAGGAAACAUGCCUACUGUGUUUGGAAACAAGGGGAAACUUGCAAACGUUUGCUGUAUGCUUCGACACACAUUUCAGACCACAGGAAGUGAAUCAGGCUGUUGUUCUCCAGACCUUCUUGGGGACAUGACCCAUUCCUGGCCUUCCCUGCAGCCCCCUGGGGGAGGCGGGGCCGAGCGUUUCCUGUACACCUCCAAGGAGGCGAAGCAGCACAGCGCUCAACACAAGCAGGUUCGGGGUAACCCUCACGCGAGGAUGACACACCCACACGUGGCUCCACACAAAUGCAUGCUAGCUGACGACCUGAAACUCAGCAGUGAUGAGGAUGAUGGUGACAAGGGCCACCAGCAAACGGCAUCCUGGACUGAUAAUAGCCGGUUGUCCGGACAGCAGCAGCAGUACGCGCACACACACACACAUGUCGGGAGGGUGAGACAUUCCAGCCCGGGCUCCUCCGGCUCUGAUUCCUCCAGCGAGUCGGACAGCAGCAGUAGCCAGCGCUCGCGCUCGCGCUCGCCCUCGCCGCGCAGUCCCAGCCCAGAGACCCACUUCCAGCCGGGGACGCCCAGCGCCACCAGACCCCUCACCUACGCCCAGGAGACGGCACACCCGUCCGACACCCAGUGGCAGCUGGACAAGUGGCUGGAGAAGGUCCAUCGGAAGCGGGACUCCACAGAACACGACCCGGGAGGGAGAGGAGACAUCUCGGACUCUGAACGCGGGCCCUCCCCAGCCAGGUCGUGGGGACGUAGCUACAGCCCAGGCCAAAGCCCUGCUCCCAGCCCCAAGUUUGACUACAGCCCCAGGCAUAGCCCUCGGCCUAGUCCUGCCUACAGCCCGUGUCCCAGUCCAGGCCGCAGCCCGGUGCACAGCCCGGUGCACAGCCCGUUGCCCAGCCCUGCAGCCAGCCCGGUGCCCAGCGAGUGCCUGAGCCCCAGCCCCAUACGCACACACCGCCCCAGGAGCCCUAGUCCGAGCCUCCCCCCACCACCGCCCUCGGGGUCUGGUCCGUAUCCUCCUCACCAGGCCCAUCACCAGGAGAGCCACAGGCCCCCUAUCCAGACCUCCAGCACCGUCCACAAGCCCAGAGUCAGACCCUGGGUCCCUCCCCAGCAUCACAGCACCGACCCCCCCGGCCACAGGUCCAGGGUCAGCCCCAGCAACCAGCUGCAUUCCAAGCAGGGCUCCACCACCACCUCCACCGCCACCACCGCCACUAAAGCCUCACAUAAGCACUUCAGUAAGGCUAAGGACCAGGGUGUGGAGGUCAGGACGAACCAUAGACCCAGCCCUGCUCCACACGGCAGCCCCAGGCUUCAGGGACAGGCAGGUCCCAGAGCCAGUUCUGGUGAGAAGGCCAGAGCCAAGCAUUCCUCCUCGACGGAGAGAAGCCACAGACAGAGUGAUCACAGACAGAACGAUCACACACAGAGCGAUCACAGACAGAGCGAUCACACACAGAGCGAUCACAACAACAGCCAUAGAUCUGGUGAUUCUGUCCACCAGAAAGCCAGUGAUAAUAGCCACAAAGCCGGUGAACAUAGCUACAAAAGCAGAGAGAAAUCGAGCGAUCGCGUCCAGAAGUCCAGCAACCAUACCCACAGACCCAAUGACCAGAGCCUCAGACCCAGUGACCACAACCACAGACCCAGCGAACGCCGGCACAAACUAAACCACAGCGCCGAGCCCAGCCCCAAGCAUCAAACCCACCCUCGCUCUUUGCCAGGGUCGAGCCGCAACCCUACCUCUAAAGCCAAACACUUGCCGUCCACCGCAGACGGCAGCGGCAAGGCCCUCAGCAGUAGGACCACCUCCAGCUUGGGCCCCAGGCCUGUCCCUCAGCCGGCCUCUUUAGGCUCCCUAACCCUCCAUUCAGUGCCCAAGCGCUGCUCGAGCCCCAGCCCCAAGCCACAGGACAAAGGCAGGAAGGUGCCGGUGCCAGUGCCGGUGCCAUCGCAAACAGCCUGUUCCAAUCCCCCAGAGAGGGAGGCCAGGCACAGGGAGCGAGAGCAGGAGGUGGCCGGGCGUGGAGAGGCUCGUCCUGGGGGCCAGCAGCAGCAGCAGCAGCAGCAGACUGUGAGGGGGCAGAGGAGACUGGCGGAGGAGCAGCUACUGAGACGCCGCUGGGUCCAGAGCUCGGAAGAGGAAGAGGAGGAGAGGGAGGAGGUGCAGGAGGACGAAGAGGGGGCGGCGGUAGAAGAGGAGGAGGAGAAGCACGAGAGGAGGCGGCGGCGACAGGAGGAAGGGGAGCGGGAGAGGAAGAAGAGGAGGAGAGGAGGGGAGCAGAGCAGCGAAUGGCUGGCCGUGCAGCCAAAGCAGAGACCACACACCAACAGCACCCGCCGACGACACCCCCACCACCCACAGCCCACGCAGGACGAAGGUUACGCUGAGGAACAGGGCCAGCGGAGGAAGAGGAGGAGGGAGAGUGAGAAAGAGUCCCAGGCGCACCUCCAGGACACUGCAGGCCAUCACUCUCCACCACCACCCCACUCGCCCACUCCCGUCAUCCUGUCCUCAGAGUCUUCCUCUUCCUCCUCGUCCUCCUCGUCCUCUUCCAGUUCCUCUUCCUCUAACUCAGAAUCGGAACCCGAGGUCGCCGCUGCUCCGGCGGGGAACGUUGCCAAGGUCCGCGCAGACUCCACGUCGCGGCAGCGCGCCGCGGCCAAAAGAGGACGACACCGGCCAGGCCGGACCUCCGAGCACAGGCCCGUUGUGGUCCACCCCAGCAAGCCGAGCGCUGCUGACCCGGCAGAGGGCCCUCAGAGUCGGGGGCAGCACAAACUCUACACCCUGGUUCCGUACGGCCGCAACGAGAAGAGCUCCACCGUAUCCAGCCGAGGCCUGAAGAACCUCCUGGUGAAGAUCGACCUCUCCCUCCUCUCCAGAGUUCCGAGCGUCACGGCGGCUGCUCCGCAGCGGAAAACCUCCUCUUCCUCGUCCUCGUCUUCCUCGUCCGCUAAAACCAAAGACAAAGCAGCCAUGAGACACCUCUACCACCCUGAGCAGGACCCCGCAGACCCCAGGAGGAAGCGCAAGGCUGAGAAUGGAGUCGGCCACAGGGACAGCAAGAGGAGCCACGCACACACUAACCCCCCCUCGCCCCCCCCGCCCAGCGCAGCCAGCCGAGAGCACCUGGACCCCUACCCCAGCUACAGAGCCAAUGGGUACUCAGAUGAUUAUCUGGACUGCCAAAAAAGGCCCCUCUCCCCCCUUUCCCCUCUCUCGGAUACUCCAGAGCCAACCAAGCCCUCCGUGAAGGCACAGGACAAUGACCAGUACUACCCAGACAUGACAAGUCAUAAAGGCCAGAUGCGCAGGACACAGCCUAAGGUGGAGAUGGAGACAGUGGGAGUCUCGGGUCACCCUCAAGGUUCCUGUGAGUCGUGGGCCCCUGGUGUCAACCCAGCCAUGCGCCAUAGAGGAACAGUGCCCUAUAAUGAUGUCUCUCAGCAUGCUGAAUACUACAUGCACGAGGCCAAGAGGAUGAAGCACAGGGCAGACGCUAUGGUGGAUAAGUUGGGUAAGGCAGUGAACUAUGUGGACGCUGCGCUGUCCUUCAUGGAAUGUGGCAAAGCCAUGGAGGAGGGGCCUCUGGAGUCCAAGUCUCCUUACGCCAUGUAUGCUGAGACAGUGGAGCUCAUACGUUAUGCCAUGAGGUUAAAGAGUCACUCUGGACCAGGUGCAACUCAGGAGGACAAGCAGCUGGCUGUGCUCUGUUUCCGUUGCCUUGCUCUCCUGUACUGGCAGAUGUUCAGACUAAAAAAGGACCACGCCCUGAAAUACUCCAAAGCUCUGCUUGACUACUUCAAGAGUUCUCCAAAGGUCCCUCAUAACCCAGCUACAGAAAGUGAUCCUGUAAAGGGCUCUAUGCUUCCCUCCCCAACUCGAGCUCCUCUGGGAAGCCAUGCUGGCAGCUCCACCUCUCCUUUCGUCACCAUUCCCCAGCGCAUCCACCAGAUGGCAGCAAACCACCUCAACAUCACCAACAGUGUGCUGUACAGCUACGAGUACUGGGAAGUCGCCGACAGCCUGGCCAAGGAAAACAAGGAGUUCUUUAACUACCUGAACAAUCUCACCGGCCCCUUGACCCUCCACAGCAGUAUGGCUCACAUUGUGCAGUACACUCGUCAAGGACUACAGUGGAUACGCAUCAGCGCUAACCUGUCCUAGCAUUCUGUCCUGAGGCUCUCUCUCUCUCUUCCUCUUAAUCCAAGAAUUCUGCCUUUACGAUGUCCAAGAACUCUGUCUUUAAUCAAUGCCAAAUAAUACAUCUGUCGCGGACAAGGAAGAGUCUGGGAAACCCAACCCACAGACCGGCCUAAGACUGAGCUUCACAGCCAAAACAUUUUAUUAUCCUUCUCUUGUUCCAAACAAUUGCUUUUGCCUUUGUUUAAUCUGCACUUAUCACUGAAGGGGCCCUAGCUUCCAAUGAAGUCUACGAGGCCAGUCUUUAAAGCUCCUCCUGUCAAAGUCUGCAAUCUGUCUCUGUACUCGGAGCCAAGGCCAGCUCCUUGCCAAAGCAUGUCCCAGGGUGGACUCUCUCUCUCUCUCACACACACACACACAUUGUCUUUCUUUUUCUCUCUCUCUCUCUUUUUCUCGCUCUCCUGCUUUCACUCAAGUGCACCUAAAUCAGGAUCACACCGCCUAAGUCACACAGUCCACUGCCCGCUCAGUCAACCAAGUGCCCUCGCAAGGAACUUAGUUGCCUUUUCUGGAUCCCUUUAGCCUCCCAGGGCAAACAGCACUGUGUAUUACACGCAUAACUAAUUUUCAGGGACUACUGUUUACUGUUCUCAAAGUGUGAGGAGGAAAGGGAUUGGGUGUCUGUGACUGCAACACUUCCCCUCAAAGAUGGCGGAAAGUCAUUGGAGCCGCAUGGUAAAGCAGUUUCCUUGUUGAAGAACCCUGCAGCAGGAAGAAGCUAGCUGUUUCCCAUAGCCCUGUACAGAGGCUAAACUGCAACGAUGCAGCUUUAUUUGACUGUGUCCACUGCUUUGCCAAAUGUGCCACAUAUUGUUUGUAAACAUGUGGUGAAAAGGUCAUACUAUGAGAGGAUAUGCAUGAGUAAGGAUGUCUUUCUUCUACAUGUGGCAUCUGUUUGUGGUUAACACAUUCCUGUAGUUGCCCGUGGAAAAAGGAAAUUAGGGUUUAGCACACAGUGCCCUCAAGUGACCUAACAGUCACACCCAGUGGUUUGCAAUCCAAGUGCAGUUAUCAAAAAGACAAUGAGAAAUUUGAAUGUGAAUAAUCUGUUUUUGUUUUCUACAUCUUUGAUUUUGUACACGUUUUUGUUGUGCAAUAUGUCAGGUUUUGUAUUUGUCAAGACAAAUAAAAUGUCAGAGAUUGCCUGUAGAUGCAAUUGGUAUUUUCUUCCUGAGUAGUCAGCGUAUUAAUUUGUUUUUCCAUCUAUGCAAAGACUAUUUAUAGAAUUGUAAUACGUUGUUAUUAAAGUUUUUUUUUCCAACAGA